AUGGAUGGAUCAAAAGAAGUAGAGACCACAUCGUCUUUUAAUAAAACCAAAGAAGUAAACAGGACCUAUGUGAUCUCAGCACUCACAAAAUGUGGAGAAAACCCAUUUAAAACACCAUCCUCUGGUGUCAGACUCACUCUUCACAGAAAACCCAGCAGCAGAACCACUGCAAACCACCAUGAAGAAACCACACAGGAGAACCAAAGAGGAGAGAAACGCCUGACCCUUAAGCGCCGCACCAGAACCAAAGUCCUGACCGAACCCAAUCCAGCAAGAGAGACCCACGAAACCAUCAAAACACCUGGGAAAACCUCAUGGAGUGCUCAGAAAACAAGCUCCGAGAAGGUCAGCGCCACCCACGAUGAGGGUAAAACCGCUUCAACACCUACAAGAAGAACCCAGUUUGAGAAAUUAAGCGUCAAGAGAGACGUCUUUGAGAGGCUGGCUGGUAAAGGUGCAUCUAGACCCACAGCUACCAAACACACAGCUGCAGCAGCAAGACAGAAGCCACCGCAGAUGAGCACUGACACCAUGAGACCCACAUGUGGAGCAAGCGGUGAGAGGGUUCAGAUUGGUGGUUUAAAUAGGGAGAAGAAUGAGAAAACCCGUCAGGUGAUCUUCAUGAACAACCAAGAAACUGUUGUGCAACAUCCAGAUACUAAACAAAACUACACAUUUACCUUUGACUUCUCUUUUUGCUCUAUCAAUGAAUCGGAUGCAAGUUUUGCCAGUCAGCAGAUGGUUUAUGAAAAACUGGCUCGGCCCUUGCUUGAAAGAGCAUUCGAGGGAUUUAACACGUGUCUUUUUGCAUACGGCCAAACGGGUUCUGGAAAGUCCUACACUAUGAUGGGUUUUGGUGAAGAGGCUGGCGUUAUUCCCAGAUUCUGCAAGGAACUUUUCUCGAGAUUGUCCAGAACUGAAACCAAAGAGAUCUCCUGCCAUCUGGAGAUGAGCUAUUUUGAGGUGUACAAUGAGAAAAUCCACGAUUUGCUGGUGGCAAGGGACGAACAAAACCAGAAGAAAAUGCCUCUGCGUGUGAGAGAACAUCCUGUCUACGGGCCUUAUGUUGCAGACCUGUCCACGAACGUAGUCACAUCUUAUGCUGAUAUUCAGACUUGGCUUGAACUCGGUAACAAACAGAGAGCCACAGCUGCCACCGGCAUGAACGAUAAAAGCUCCAGAUCACACUCUGUUUUCACUCUGGUCAUGACGCAAACUAAAACGGAGUUUGUGGAGGAAGAGGAGCACGAUCACUGCAUCACCAGCCGGAUAAAUCUGGUGGAUUUGGCAGGAAGUGAGCGCUGUACUUCAGCCCAGACCAGUGGAGACCGGCUCAGGGAGGGAGCGAGUAUCAACAAGUCUCUGCUCACGCUGGGAAAGGUGAUCUCGUCACUCUCAGAACAGGCUCAGAGCAGAAAGAAAGUCUUCACCCCGUACAGAGAGUCAGUGCUCACAUGGUUACUGAAGGAAAGCCUCGGUGGAAACUCCAAGACGGCUAUGAUCGCCACCCUGAGCCCUGCAGCCAGUAACAUGGAUGAGAGCCUGAGCACGUUACGCUACGCCCAGCAAGCUCGAAUGAUCAUUAACAUAGCCAAAGUCAACGAGGACACCAACGCCAAACUGAUCCGAGAGCUGAAAGCAGAGGUGGAGAAGCUCCGUGCGGCUCAGAUGAGCUCUCAGGGCAUCGAGCCAGAGAAAAUGAGACUGUUUCAGCAAGAGAUCACCUCUCUUAAGACUAAACUCUCUCAACAGGAGCUUGAAAUGGCCGAAGCUCACAGAACUUGGAAAGAAAGACUGGAAGAGGCAGAGAGGAGGAAGCGUGAGGAAACCAAAGAGCUGCAGCGCGCCGGCGUCACCUUUAAAGUAGAUAAUCGGCUGCCUAACCUUGUGAACCUGAAUGAGGAUCCGCAGCUGUCAGAGAUGCUGCUGUACAUGAUUAAAGAGGGCGAGACCAAGGUCGGCAAGCUCAAGUCUGAGUUGGCCCACGACAUCCAGCUGUCUGGAGCUCUCAUCGCCAAUGAGCACUGUGUCAUCUCCAGUGUGAAAGGUACCGUCAGCAUUAAACCGAUGUCAAACGCCAAGACCUUCGUGAAUGGACAUCUUGUGUCUGAGUGCACCGUUCUCCACCACGGAGACCGUGUGAUUCUUGGAGGAGAUCACUACUUUCGGUUCAACCACCCCACCGAGGUUCAGAGCGGGAAGCGAGCGUCCUGUUGGAACAGUGGAGAUGGUCAGAAGGACUUUGAGUUCGCUAAAAACGAGCUGCUGUCGGCUCAGAGAGCUCAACUUGAAGCAGAGAUCGAGGCGGCUCGGUUGAAGGCCAAAGAGGAGAUGAUGCAGGGCAUUCAGUUGGCUAAAGAGAUGGCACAGAAAGAGCUGAGCGAGCAGAAGGGUCAGUACGAGGAGAGGAUCAAAGUUCUGGAGCGAGAGCUGGAGGAGGGUGAAUGCAAGAGAGAGCAGGAGCUGGAUAAAAAGAGGGUCGUCAGCCAGGUAGAGCGACUGCAGACAGCAAAGAGUCUGCUGGAGCAGGAAGUCACCACCCAUAAGAGACGUCUGCAGAUGGAGGCCCAGGCUACUAGACAGGCGUUGGCAGAUCAUGAUAUCCGGCAUGCUAGGAUUGUAGAGGCGCUUGAAGCAGAGAAGAGGAAGAUUGCAGAAGAUCUUGCUCAGAUUGAGAGAAAACGUGCUCUUAAAAUGACCCAGACCCCUAAAACGGCCUACCCACAGUGGGAUGCCUUGAAGCUGUCUUUAAUGAUUGAAGAAGCAAACAAAAUCAGUGCCAAACUCAGGAAACACACAGUCUUCAGCAGACAUGAGGCGACCGAUAAAGAGAGCGAGGGUGGAGACACCCAACUGCAGGUCCAAGUUCAGAACACCAAACUGGGAAUUUCAACCUUCUGGAGCCUGGAGAAGUUCCAGUGCAACUUGGCUGCCAUGAGGGAGCUUGAGCAGGGGGAGAGCACCUCUAAAGAUGACGACGUGUUUUACGACCCUAAUGAUGAGUGGGAACCAGACCUAUCUGCCUCUUCCUCAACCUCGUCUUUCUCUCGCAGAAGGAGUAGAAGUUUGCUGAAGAGCAGGAGGAUUUCUGGGCGUCUAUAUGAGAUCCGAGUGCACCCCAUUCAAAGCCUACACUGUGCUCCCUCACAGUCCACUGGGCUGAUGAACAAGCCCCCCUCUCUGCACUCCAGCACUUCUGACUCCGCCCUCCCAACCAUCUGCAAAGAUCUGAUUGGCUCUGCUGUGGCUCGUCUGCGGUCCUGCCAGUCGACAGUGGAGAAGAGCGAAAGCUUGGGUGACAAACUGACUCUAGACCUGCUGGCGAUUCACCGUGCUGUGAAGUCCAUCACAGACCUCUACGAGCACCUUGACGACGACAGUCAGGAGAACUUGUUUGUCUGUAGUACUGAAGCCCAGACUCAUCUUGUGAAGGCCACGUCUGCUGUUGAAAGGGCUGUGUUCAUUACCAUGCACUGGGUGUCCAGCAUUAAGACCAGCUCUGAUUCAGUGUCUCAGAGAGCUGAGGAGCUCAAGACGGAUGUCAAGAAAAUUGGAGGCUACCUUCAGUUGCUCAUUCAGGGCUGUGACUCUGAGAUCUCCUCCAUGGUAACAGAGGCCCAGAGGAGGGUUGCAGAGUGUAUGAACGCAGCUCUCAAAACCAUCGGUUUUCUGGCGGCAGUGAAUGGGACUGAUCUUCUUUUGAAUGAACAUGGUUCAGAAAUCAUAGACAACAGGUCUGUCGUGGCUUCUUUGCAGAAUGGGAUUCGUCAGAGUGUGACCGAUCUUCUCCUCAUUGGUCAGAAGAUCACCACAGAGAUGCAUCGAGAUCUUUCAUCUGCUCAUAUACCAAUUCAGAAAUCCAGCGCGAUGGAUGUCACCAGCACUCUGCAGAGCUACUUCCGCUGCUGUUUGUCGGAGAGGUCAGGCUCUUCUGAGGAUUGUUCAGAGGAUGAUGAAGGCUUGGACUUGUGUGCAAUUCAGAACACCACCGCUAAACUCCUCGUGCUGAACCGGGCGAUCAAAGAUCUCCACUUGUCUUUGUUGCGCUCUCUAAAGGGGAGGGGCAGCGACGCUGGCCUUAGUCAGACGAUAGAGUCUCUGUCCAAGACAAUUGAUGAUGUCAUCAGAGGUGUUCCGCGUGAAAUACCUGGAAGACGUUCCGACAGUCUUUGGCUUCCAUGUGAGAAGAACAUCAUGGCCGCCCGAGAUCAAGUGCACUUGGCGCUGCAGGCUUUGACAGCAGCGUUCGAUAAAAGCACAGAUGGAGUACAGACGCUGGACACAGACAGACAGUUUGUUCAACCAGGUUAUGGCAGCAGAAAUCGAACCGUCCCUAAAGUUGUGUAUUCUCUUUCUUCAGGCAUUAGCACAUGUUCCAGAGACGCCCGCUGGGUGUGAUUUUUGGAUAGCCGCAGAUUGAAGGGGUACUAGUUAUGUAUAUAACUAUAUUUGGUAUAAUGGUUAAUGCUAAAGUUGGCUCACUUUUCAUUUUGAUGUAUUUACAGUAUGCACUCAGUCUGCAAAUUUUAUACGACCUGUAGAUUUAACUGUAGGAUUUUAAAGAAGGGCUUAAGAGUAUAACUUAUGAAGAUGGGUUUCUGUGUAUUUUGCAAGUGAUCAAGCACCCAAGUCUUUUAUAACUCAUGCAGAAAAUACUUCUUCUGAAUAUAUUUUUGCACUGGAAACCUUUGCACAGGCUUGGGCACACUGAUAUUUCACAAUAUAAUUUGCAUGGAGAUUUUUAGCAUUUGCAGUGGCAUUUACUCUGGAUCAUGUAAUUGUUCCAAACUAAUUUAUACUUUCAGUAAUAAACACUCACU